AUGCCGGUCCCCAGCCCAGACUCAUGUGAGCCACUGGUCCAGGCCUCGUCUCCACCUGUCCCCCUGACCCUCGUCUCCACCUGUCCACCUGUCCACCUCUCCACCUGGGCCUCGUUUCCACCUGUCCACCUGUCCACCUGUCCACCUGGGCCUCGUCUCCACCUGUCCACCUGUCCACCUGUCCACCUGGGCCUCGUCUCCACCUGUCCCCCUGACCCUCGUCUCCACCUGUCCACCUGUCCACCUGUCCACCUGGGCCUCGUUUCCACCUGUCCACCUGGGCCUCGUCUCCACCUGUCCACCUGUCCACCUGUCCACCUGGGCCUUGUCUCCACCUGUCCACCUGGGCCUCGUCUCUACCUGUCCACCUGUCCACCUCAUGGCAGCGUCUGGAGAAGAGAGUCUUCGUCAGAGAGGGAGCAGCAGGAAGUCUCCGUGGUGUCUCCAGUUGUCCAGGGUGAAGUGUCCCUGUUGUCCCAGGGGAUCCAGAGGCUGCAGGAGUCUUCCAGGUCUGUCCCUGUUGUCCCAGAAGAACCAGAGGCUGCAGGAGUCCUCCAGAGUCCAGGCUACGAUCCGUCCUCGGGCGUCCCCGGGUCCUUGGACUACCCCCCGUUCGGGGCCCUGGGGCCCUGCCCGUACGGGGACCCCGCCUACAGGAAGAACGCCACGUGGGACGCCACGGCCACGCUGAAGGCCUGGCUCACCGAGCACCGCAAGAACCCGUACCCCACCAAGGGGGAGAAGAUCCUGCUGGCCAUCGUGGCCCGGAUGACGCUCACGCAGGUCUCCACCUGGUUCGCCAACGCACGCCGCCGCCUCAAGAAGGACAACAAGAUGACCUGGACGCCCAGGACCCGCAGCGAGGACGAGGACGACGAAGACCACAUCGACCUGGAGACAAACCAGGACGGCGACGAGCCGAUCAAGUCCGGCAACGCCGGGCUGGAGACCGAGGGAGAAGACGCUCCUCCUCUUCCUGCCCCUGUGGGGACCGCCUGUGUGCUGGUGUACAGAGAGGACAGCGGUAGCAGCAGCGACACCGACCCAGACUACAAAGACUCGGGGGACCUGAGACUGCCGCUCCCCCCAGGCUCCACUACCCCCCCCACCGCACCCCCGGGGGCGGUCAGCGCGCCGGAGACGGAGCGCCCGCCGAUCACGCUGUCUAAAAAGCACGUCGACUCCUGCGGCGCCACCCUGGGACGGAACCCGGCUCCGAAACCUAAACUCUGGUCCCUGGCUGAAAUCGCCACUUCUUCGGAUAACAGUAAAGGAUCUAGUGACUCUUUGCAGAGUGGGGGGGCACCGACCCGGACCCCGUACCUGCACAGCCCCGCCCUGCCCCGACCCCUGUACUACACCCCCCCCUACGUCCCGGGGUACUCCAGCUACGGCGCCCUGGGGCCGCUGCACGGCGGCUCACACGGAUCACAGCAGGCGAUGCUGCAGAGAGACCGAAGACAGACGCACGAGCUCCACAAAGGCAGGACGAACUUUUGAAGACUCUAGUCCCCGGGACCCGGGUAGACCCUCGAUCAAUAGAGACUCGGUCGACUUUAACACGGGCAGGCGUCAACACUUCAGGCUCUUACUGCUCAAUUACUGCAUCGGUUACACUUCAGACUUAGACUCUCUUUAUUAACCCUUUAGACCUGGAGACUUAUACACUUAGACUUGGUCUUAGAGACUUAGACUUAGAGACCUAGACUUGCUACCGUACAAGCUACCGUAUCUCGGUUGUAGAUGUGGAUCACGCCCCCCUUUAAUCGUGUAGUUUCCAGUGAGGAAUCCUUCUUGUGGAUUCUCUAGCGCUCCGUUACAGUCGGUCUCCGCCUGCAGAGACUCGGACAGGAAGUGUUGGCGCCUGCAGAGACUCAGACAGGAAGUGUUGGCGCCUGCAGAGACUCGGACAGGAAGUGUUGGCGCCUGCAGAGACUCGGACAGGAAGUGUUGGCGCCUGCAGAGACUCGGACAGGAAGUGUUGGCGCCUGCAGAGACUCAGACAGGAAGUGUUGGCGCUGCAGAGACUCGUGAUGUUGACACGUGCAGCGGGUGUAUUCUAGCCCCAAACCCCGGGACCUGUGAGGUGUCCUCUGAAACGUCCCAGUGGACAGGGAGGACCACCUCCUGCAGGGGCCUGGACUCCAGGGACUCACAUGUUCCAUCUGAGAUGUUUUGUAUGUAAAGAUGUAACCUUGGUAGCGCGUUGUGCACAUGAAGCAUCAUUAAAGGAGAUUUAU